AUGCCGUGCCACACCUUCCAGCAGGGCUCCGGAAGCGGCAGUAGGAGCUUCAGCUCAUGCUCAGCUGUGCUCCCCCGAAUGGUCACCCACUAUGCGGUGAGCAAGGGGCCAUGCCGGCCCGGAGGCACUGGGGGCCUCCGGAACCUGGGCUGCCUUGGCUCACGGAGCCUGUGCAAUGUGGGCUUCAGGAGGCCCCAGGUCGCCCCCAGGUGUGGCCCACCUGGCUUCGGGUACCGAGUGGGGGCUGCCUGUGGGCCUUCUGCCUGUAUCACCCCUGUCACCAUCAAUGAGAGCCUGCUGGUCCCACUUGAGCUAGAGAUCGACCCAACCGUGCAGAGGGUGAAGACAGAUGAAAAGGAGCAGAUCAAGUGCCUCAAUAACCGCUUUGCCUCCUUCAUCAACAAGGUCCGGUUCCUGGAGCAGAAGAACAAGCUUCUGGAGACCAAGUGGAACUUCAUGCAGCAGCAGAGGUGCUGCCAGAGCAACAUAGAGCCCAUCUUCGAGGCCUACAUCUGUGCCCUGCGGAGGCAGCUGGACUGCGUGGCGGGAGACCGGGCCAGGCUAGAGUUGGAGCUCUGCGGCAUCCAGAAUGCAACGGAGGGCUACAAGAAAAAGUAUGAAGAGGAGCUCUCCCUGCGGCCCUGCGCUGAGAAUGACUUUGUUGCCUUGAAGAAGGAUGUGGACACAGCCUUCCUGAUGAAGGCUGACCUGGAGACUAACGUGGAAGCUCUGGUCCAGGAGAUCGACUUCCUGAAAGGCCUGUAUGAGGAGGAGAUCUGCCUGCUCCAGUCUCAGAUCUCAGAGACCUCAGUCAUUGUGAAGAUGGACAACAGCCGGGAGCUGGACAUGGACAGCAUCAUUGCCGAGAUCAAGGCCCAGUACGACGAAAUUGCGAGCCGCAGCAAAGCCGAGGCGGAGGCCUGGUACCAGUGCCGGUAUGAGGAGCUGCGGCUGACAGCCGGGAGCCACUGUGACAACCUCCGCAACCACAAGAACGAGAUCCUGGAAAUGAACAAGUGGGUCCAGCGGCUGCAGCAAGAAACUGAGGCUGUAAAAGCCCAGCGCUGUAAACUCGAGGGUGCCAUAGCUGAGGCUGAGCUGCAGGGCGAGGCCGCCCUCAAUGAUGCCAAGUGCAAGCUGGCGGGGCUGGAAGAGGCCCUGCAGAAGGCCAAGCAGGACAUGGCCUGCCUGCUCAAGGAGUACCAGGAGGUGAUGAACUCCAAGCUGGGCCUGGACAUCGAGAUCGCCACCUACGGGCGCCUGCUGGAGGGCGAGGAGCAGAGGCUGUGUGAAGGCAUUGGGCCCGUGAAUAUCUCUGUGAGCAGCUCCAAAAGCACUGUCCUGUACGAGCCAUGUGUGGUCAGCACACCUGUGCUGAGGACCGAGUACUGCCCAGGGAGCACCACUGUCCUCCAGAGCAGUGCUGGCCGCAGCUUCGUGGGCACUGGUGAACUCUACAUUCCCUGCGAGCCCCAGGGGCUGCUGGGCUGUGGGAGUGGGCGGAGCUCCAGCAUGAGGCUGGGGGCUGGGGGAGGCUCCUCCCACCACAAGUGUUAGCAGGGCCCCAGAGGCUAGAAGCCCAGGGAACAGGGUGCCAACCCCCCUCCUGGUUGUCACCCCCUGACCAGGGCUGGAGACAAAGAUAUUCCAA